AUGGACAAAAUCGAGGGACCAAUCAAGAAGUGCGUGAUCGCGUGCACAGCAGUUGCAAAAUGCCCACCGCCGUUUCCCGGAUCCUUCUGCCCCCCACCCCCCAAAGCUGCACCCCCGCCCCCCAAGAUGCUGACGGGGAUCAGGGACUUCAUGUUGGGCUUCGUCUUCCUGGCGCUGGGGCUCGGCUUCUACCUGCGCAAGCAGCCUCGGCUCCUCCCGGGGCCCGCCGGGGACACAGGCGGCGCGGCCGCUCCCGCCGCCUCCGCAGCGUCUUCCCCGCUCCGAACUCCGCCGCUCUUGAGCGCGGCCGCCGGCCCCGAGCCGCCGGUGUCCGCUUCAAAAGAGCCAACAUGUGGGGAUGGCCGGCCCGGGGCGGCUGAGCGGCGCUCGGGGGCCGUUCCUGGCCCCGGGCCGAGCGCUGACGGCCGCGUCUCGCCGGCACGGAAGGCGCAGCAGGGCCUGAAGGAGCGCUACCGGCUGGGUUCGCUGCUGGGGCGCGGCGGCUUCGGCAGCGUCUUGGCGGCGACGCGGCUCUCGGACGGCGCCCCGGUGGCCAUCAAACGGGUGCCACGGAACCGCAUCCACCAUUGGGGCCGGCUGCCCGACGGCACCCGAGCACCACUGGAGAUCGUGCUGCUGCACAAGGUGUCCGCUGGCUUCCCCGGCAUCGUCCAGCUCCACGAGUGGCUGGAGCUCCCCAGCAACGUGGUGAUGGUGCUGGAGCGCCCGGAGCGGUCUCAGGACCUCCUUCACUUCAUUCGGGCACGGCGCUUCCUGUGCGAGGAGGUGGCGCGGCACCUGUUCCGCCAGGUGCUGGAGGCCGUGCGGCACUGCACCAGCUGCGGGGUCCUGCACCGGGACAUCAAACCGGAGAACAUCCUGCUUGACCUGGCCACCGGGCAGGCCAAACUCAUCGACUUUGGCUGUGGCACCUACCUGCAAGCCGCAGCCUACACCAGCUUUGCAGGAACACCGUCCUACAGGCCCCCAGAAUGGAUCCAGUUCGGCUGGUACUACGGCAAGGCAGCGACCGUCUGGUCCCUGGGCAUCGUGCUGCACCAGAUGGUCUGCGGGGAGCAUCCUUUCAGGAGGGGCUGGAACAGCACCUGGGGCCGGCUCUCGCUCCCACGACGGCUCUCUCCAGAGUGCCAGGAUCUCAUCCAACGGUGUUUAUCCGUGCUCUCCUCGGAAAGGCCCUCAUUAGAAGACCUGUCCUGUGAUCCUUGGAUGCAGGACAUUCACGUGCCGUAGGAGAAGGGAGAGAGCCACACGCACGCUUUGACCCAGGGAGCCGGUAAGUUCCAGCUGCACACGUGCCUUGGCAAGAAGCAGCAAAGAAAGGCAGAGUUUUUGUCCUGCCUGAAUCGCUGCGCAGGGCUCCUCAGCUGGGCACGCGCAGCCCUGCUGCUGGAGCUGAGCUGCUCUUCCCAGCACUGGUGGCCCCCAUGCCAGCUGCUUUUGCUUGUGCUGCUUCAGCGACAGCCGGGGCCCUGGGCAGAGCACUGACAGCCUGCUCCAGCCCCAGGGAAGAAGGAGCCCCUGGAGAAGCUGCGCCAGGUGCGGCUGCUGCUGCUGGAGACAUGGAGGGUGACAUCAAGGAUGACAAGCUCUUCCUCCACCUGGCAAGCUGAAGAUGAUGGACUUCAAUUGUGGCACCUUCUCCAAAGCCAGGCUCCACGGCGAAUUUGCAGAUGAGUCCACACGCAGGGGGAUGCUCCCAGAUUUGGGCAUUGCACAGCCUGGCCGGGAAGCAAAGGUUCCCCCCUUUGCUGGGGCGGAUGCAACCAAUUCUUCAGUCAGCUGCCAAGCUGCUUUUUGGCAGGGCUGAGGGGAUGGGCUGGGCUGGUUUUGAACUGGGAGUCUGCUCCUGGCCCUGCCAACAGCCCCCAGCACCCACCGUGCCCCGUGCUGGGGCUGGGGCAGCCAGCCUGACACAAACAAAGCCCCAUGGUGGGAGCAGAGGUUGGACACCAGAAGCUGUGCAUGGGCUGCUUUGCUCUGCAGGCAAGGAAGGGCUUGGGCUGCUCCACUGCCCUUGUUCGCUUUGGGCUCAGCAUGACUUUUGGGGGCAGUGCAGGGGGAAGGCAGAAAGCGUGGGCUGCCCUGGCCCGUGGGUGGGUUUUUCCCUCGCAUGGCGGGCUUGGGCCUUCCUCAAGGCCCCAGCAGAGAGAAGAUUUUUUACCUUUUUCCUUGUUUCCCCUUUUUGUCUGUAAUCUCUUUUCAUUGAUUUAUGGUUUGUCUUUCCAAAGGAAGCGUUCUAGGUGCUGUCUGGUCCGGAUGGCGAAGUGCUUGGGAGCAGCUGCGGCAUGGGUGGGACGUGCCCUUGGAGAAGACUGAGGACAGCGUUUGGGAGCAGCUUUUCUUCUGGCGGCGGGAGGCGUGAGCCCGGCUCUGUGGAUGCUGAGGCUGCUCUGGGCUCCGCC